GCGGACUCCUUGCUAAAAGAGCAGGAUGGCGACUACAUUCACGGACCGUCGACCGUUCCCCAUACACGACCUGCCCAACGAGAUCGUCGACAACGUCCUAACGCUCUCCAUACCUAAGGAGCUGACGGACCCCGCACCUGGCUCAGGCAGAACCUUCCGCGCCUUCUUGGAGAGGACCGGCGUGCGUGACUACCCACGCCUUCUUAACCCAGUCUGUCGGAAGUGGCGCACUCUGGUCCACCGGAACGCGACUAUAUGGUCUUAUGUCUUUGUUGGUGCGGUCAAGAGCGACGGAUAUGGAUACUUCCCGGAGUACUACGACGAGCCGCUAACGCUGUCGAAGGACAAGCCACUUUCCCUCGUGUGCAUCGUCGGCAACAUGAGCAUCUCCGACGUGCUUUCUUCCCCACUCUUUGCGCCGCACGCCUCUCGCGUGAGGAUGCUCUGCGUCCAUGUUCUCGGCUUUGACUAUACGGACCCGGUAUUCCCGCUCUUCGAGAAGAUAGCGACGCCCGCCCUCGAGGUGCUUCGCAUCUAUGAUACAGAGGAUGUGGACGAGUCCUGGGGAAACUACAGAGAAUGGAGGGGAAUUCUAUACAGCCCCCCACGACUAUCAGAGCUUUCCCUUGCGGGCUUCCGACGUGGCCUGGAUAGCUUCGCCCUCACCCACGUGGGAAAAAAGGCGGGUAUAGAUUGGUCGCGCCUAACGGUGCUUCGUUUGCCCAACAUACCCUGCAGAGCCUCCGACCUCCUCUUCGUCGUAUCGACCAAUAUGCAGCUGCAAGUCUUCCAGUGCACCGUGUUCGGUCACCCUGAAGACGAGGAACUAUGUCCAGCUGAGUUCUCAGAGCCUCUGAGUGACAGCGAGGAUGACUUUUCUGACGGGGAGGACGAAGCGGACUAUACAGAGGAGGAUCGGCAGGAUGCCGCAGCGCGCCGACUUCGCCGGGACAGCAGGCCUGAAAGAAGAAGGGAGUACCAAGCCAUGAUGGGUCCGCACCUACUUCCCGACCUUAGCGAACUACAUCUUGAGGUUGCCCACCACCCUGACUACGAACCCGAUGUCUCGUGGCGCCGUAGAGGGCGCAACGUUGACGAGCGCUCGGGAAUGGCGAUAUUCCUUGAAGGACUCAACACCCCUGCGCUAUCAACGCUCGCCAUAUCGACAACAAACGGACUGGUGCACGACACCCUGGACUCAGACAUUGAGGACCACGAGGACGCUCUCGACGACCAAGAGCACGGCACGGGAGCUUUCGUCCUCGCGCCGCUUCUCAGCGACCUGAUCGAGCGCUCUCAGUGCACUAUUCGCUACCUCUCGCUCUCGCGUCUCUUCGUUUCCCUCCCCGAGCUCCUUGGUAUCAUCGAGCUAUGCCAGCACCUCCGGUCGCUGCGCCUGAACCGACCGCUGCGCUUCAUGCGCGGCUCGCUCCUUGAUGGCCUGGCAGCGCGCAAUGGCCGCCUCCGCGCGCCCGAGCUCCGCCGCCUGGUCAUCGAAAGCCGUACGCAGACCAUGUUUACCGGCAUCAAGACCAGCGACAUUCUCUACAUGAUUGAUACCAGAUGGCCACCCGGCUGGAGCGACACCGAGGUCGCGUAUGUGAAGGUCGUGCACUGUCCGUCGGCGGAAUAUGAUCCUCGGAGGAAGCACUCUAAGGAUGCGCUGGAGGCGACGACAAGGGCGUGGCUGGCAAGCACGCGAGCUCGGAAGGAUAUCAAGGUCACCAUCACGGAGCUACCUCGUUCUCGAGCUUGGGUCUCGAGCGUGCGACUUGGGGUUUGACAGCGGGGAUCGAUUAUUAGUAGGAGACGGGUCCAAGGUAGAUAGUAUUUGUGUCGUGGGCGGCGGGGUGCCUUCGACUCCGUCCAUGUUAGAAGCGGGCUUCUCGGGAAAUUCCUGUUCAUGAUUGUGCGAACGUUGGUGGUUCAUAUUCUACUAGCAUGUACACUGGCAUGAUGUACAAGUCGUUUUGUUGUGUGCCACAAAUGUGUCACGUGCAUAUAGAUACACAUCAC